UGGUCCCAAUCAUUCCUCAAUUUGCCAUCAACCAACAACACCUACAGCGCCAACACACUCGCAACCAUGCAACUCAUUCACUCCACUGUCAUCGCUGCUGCCGUCACGGCCGCACUCGCCUUCAACUCCGCUGACGCUCACGGAUACGUGUCCAAACCGGCUGCUCAGUUCGUUGACCCGUCAUCCUCGACCAAAUACGUCAAGACCAUUACAGCCGACGUCAAUAGUGCCUUUGGAGGCCUCAAGUGGGACGACAGCCCGGAGGCGAACGCGGCGACGUUCACCUCGUCGUUCGCUAAUGCCGGUUACUCUUCGCUGCGCGAUAUGCUGGACCAGCAGGUCACGGACUGCGCUAACACCCGAACUGACGUCUCACCAGUCGAUGUCUCGGGUCUCAGUGUCAUGAACUGGCAGAACGACCAGGAGCAGAAAGGAUUCAUCGACUCGCACCACGGUCCGUGCGAGGUUUGGAUCGACGACACUAUGGUGGACCACCAGGACGAUUGUGUUGCGGCCUACGGCACCGGAUACCCCGCCAGCGUCAAAGCCGACUUCUCCAAGUGCUCGGGUGACUGCACCCUGCGCUUCUACUGGCUGGCACUGCACGAGCCCAACUGGCAAAUCUACAAGCAGUGCGUGCCCAUUGUGAACAACUCGGGGAUGCAGACUCAAGUGCAAGGCACCGUAAUGCCUGCCGGUUCGACCACUGAGACUGCCAACGAGAGCGAUAGCGGGUGUCAGAACCGCGCGCUCCGAACGGCUGAAGACGCCCCGACUCACCUGGCCAAUGGAGCCAAGAUCAACUGGACGGACAACCGCUUCCUGCGCGCGUUCAACGAGUUCGCAGCGAGCUUCCAGACGAACGAAGUCAGCAAAUGAACCCAACAGCUCGAAACCGAAUCGAGACGAGAGCACAAUAGACCAUAGCAGCUAGCUCAUUCUCAGAUGUAAACGCCAAAGUGUGUAGUACUGUAGACUUCAAUUUCUGUCGCAGGUGUGCAUGUAACCAUUCAAUUGAGUGUAGUUCAAAACGUA